UAUUUCCCUUCAAUCCAUUUAUCCCCCUGCCCCCCUGUCCCCAUAAGGAGAGCAGAACCAUGGCCUCUGGGGAUGGCAGGAAGAAGCUAAGGAUCUACUUUCGCUGUUCCCUGGUUGGCUUUGUCACUGGGUUGUUUGCUGGUUUCCUGGUGUCCUCUCUGGUUUGCUACUUUCUCUCCCGACCCCUCAGCAAGGUCCACCAUGAGCCAGAGAACAAUACAUUCAGGGAAAAACAGGGAGGAAGUAAGGAAACAAUUCACACAGCCCAUCUCCUGCUCAAUCACACAGGUUCCCGUCAGGACAACACCCUGCAGUGGCAAGGGGGUCCAUCCCUGGGCCGCUCCUUCAUCUAUGGCUUCACUUUGGUCCAGGGUUCCUUGCAGACCCAGCGCAGUGGCAUUUAUGGUGUCUAUGUCCAGGUGACUCUGGCCCAAUGCGUCCAGGCCACAGGCCAGGGCACUGAGCUCAAAGUGGUCAAGACCUUGACCAUUGGCAUCCUUUCUGCCCAGGGCCGCCAUUCCAGCCUCCUCCGAAGACACUUCCAGGGCAGAUGCUCACUGAGUGCCAGCCUCCAGAUGAACCUUAGCUACAAGGACACCGUCUAUGUCAACCUCACAUAUCCCUUAAUACCUUCACCCAAUGGUGAUGAGACUUUCUUUGGAGCCUCUUGGUUAUGUCCACCUCCUCUUAUAGAAUACUGAUGGUCCUGGACUUUUGGGGCACUAUAACCUAGGCUAGGUGAAUUCCCUAACAACUGAUGCUGGGCAAGAGUCUGUUAACAGUGGUUCCAGUCUAAAUUCCUAGCCUUUCUUCCCCUUAUUCCCCGAGUGCAUACUAAGCCCGAGCCAACUUGAGCUUUAUGCUCUUUCCCAAACUUGGUAAUAGAUCACCAGCCUCUAUGUAUUUAUGCAAGCUCUUCCCCCUGCCUGGAAUACACUUUCUUCUUA